ACAGAAGAAGACGCUUACAACACUUGCUGGUGACGCUUCUGGUCCUUGAAAAUAGAACCAGAGUGAGACCUCUUAUUUUCCCACUGUUCUAAAGGGCAGCCAGCCCCGGGUUUGACAUCCAUCCACCCCUGACACCUUUGGGUUUAUCUCUCCUCACCUUACCGUUCCCCCCUCACCAAGAAGAGUCAUGUUCGCCGUCAGAAACGCUCUCCGUCUCGGCUCCAGGUUGUCCAUCCCCGCGGUGUCGAGGAGAGGAUGCGCCGGAGCCUCGAUCCCCGUGGACGAUGUUGUGAACGGACUCACAGAGGAGCAGAUCCAGCUCAGGCACACUGUUCGUAAAUUCUUGGCAGAGAAGCUUGCACCUCAUGCUGAUGAGAUCGACAAGCAGAAUGAGUUUCCUACAAUGCGGGAAUUUUGGAAAGACAUGGGAGAUAUGGGACUUCUUGGCAUCACUGCUCCAGUGGAACAUGGGGGCACGGGACUGGGCUACCUCGACCACGUCAUUGUGAUGGAGGAAAUGUCACGAGUGUCAGCAGCCAUUGCUCUCAGUUAUGGCGCCCACUCUAACCUCUGUGUCAACCAGAUGGUCCGCCACGGCAACGAGGAUCAGAUGGAAAAGUACAUGCCGAAGUUGAUGACAGGAGAGCAUGUAGGAGCCCUCGCCAUGAGUGAGCCUAAUGCUGGCUCUGAUGUCGUAUCGAUGAAACUGAAGGCUAAGAAGAAAGAUGACUACUACAUCCUGAAUGGCAAUAAGUUCUGGAUCACAAACGGGCCUGAUGCAGACGUCCUUAUUGUUUAUGCAAAGACAGAUCCUGAAGCCAAUCAGAGAGGGAUCACAGCUUUCAUUGUUGAAAAGGGGAUGCCAGGAUUCUCAACAGCACAGAAGCUCGACAAACUAGGCAUGAGGGGAUCCAACACCUGUGAGCUGAUCUUUGAAGAUUGCAAGAUCUCAGAGAAGAACAUCCUCGGCCCGUUGAACAAAGGCGUUUAUGUCAUGAUGAGCGGCUUGGAUCUGGAGAGGCUGGUGCUGGCAUCAGGACCUGUUGGCAUCAUGCAGUCUGUCAUUGACUUCGCUGUCCCCUACCUUCACGUCAGAGAGGCGUUCGGACAGAAAAUCGGACACUUUCAGCUAAUGCAAGGCAAGAUGGCAGACAUGUACACCAGGCUGAGCUCCUGUCGGCAGUAUUUGUACAAUGUGGCCCGAGCUUGUGACAAAGGACACUUCAGUGCCAUGGACUGUGCUGGAGUGAUCCUGUACUGUGCAGAGAACGCCACUCAGGUCGCUCUGGAUGGCAUUCAGUGUCUGGGUGGAAACGGCUACAUCAACGACUACCCCAUGGGGCGAUUCCUGCGUGAUGCAAAGCUGUACGAAAUCGGCGCCGGCACGAGCGAGAUUCGUCGACUCAUUAUCGGGCGAUCCUUCAACUCCAUGUUCCAAUAAACACAAGUGAGAGAAAGGUGAUGCUAAAGACUGUACGAGUGGUUUGCCGUGGAUGAACACAGUUACUUCUCACCCCAGAGCCUUAUACUGUUUGAACUACUUCUGCUGUUAGACGGAUCAUCACAUGGUUGAGAAUCAUAGUCAUCCUUCAUAUCUGCAGAUAGAAGACACAUGAAAUCACUCAGAGAUGUUACUUGUACAUCAAAUUAUCUGUUGAUCUGUUUAUCUGAUGGCCUUGAUGUCACUUUGUUACAUUAGGUAAACUGUAGCAGCUGGAUAACCACUUCAAUGCCACGCAAUGAAAUGAUGUACUGAAAGUUUGUGAAUAGGCAGAAUCACAGAUCGUUUGUGAUUAAGUUAAAUAGGCUCUUAGAAAUUAUUAAUGCACUAAAUAUUUUGUAUUUCCUCACCCUUUGACGCGUUGAACACUCCUCCAACAGACCAUGCUGGCUUCAGAGAGUUAAAUGAGUGAAUUGAUUUAGAUUUUCGUACUAUUGGUACAUAAGAACAAAACACACACUGAUGUAUUUAAGGUUAGAAACUGAGCAGAUGGAGGCUCAGUGCUGCGGGCCACUUAUGUUUUUGAUCAAACCUGAUGAUAUCCAGAAAUAAUAAUCACUACAGCACACCUGAUGAUAAACAAAGCCGGGAUAUCUGAAUGCAAACUGAUCCCCAAAAUGAUGAUUUCAGAGAAUGAGCAUUAUAAAGAAGUUUACUCAUUUCUGUGAGCAAACAUAUUCCACUGUUAUAAAUAGAUUGUCUGAACAGUCCGACUGGAGAGGCCCUCCUAACGUGUUUGUCUUCUCCUGUCCAGUGGACUUUUAGUGUCAGAAAGUAGACGGGUUGGGAAUUGUAUGAAAUACUGUAUUGUAGUUCUGUUUGCAGUAAAUAAAAAUCAACUUUUCUAAUCUA